AUGUCAGACAAAACGGCCGAACUUGUGAAUAUCCUCAAAUCAAGAAGAGUCCCGACAUUCCUCCCCGGGGACCUUGCAUAUGAACGCUCAGUCGUGAAUCCGAACCUCCUGUACCGUUUUGCAAGACCUGAUUGCGUCGUUCAACCCGAAUCUGCAUCCCAUGUUCAGAGGAUUGUCCGAGAAGCCAAAAAAAGAAACAUUAAGCUUGUGAUCAAGAAUGGCGGCCAUUCGUACGCCGGAUUCUCUACUGCCGAGAGAGGUUCUAUUUCCUUGGAUCUCUCGAGAAUGAACGAUGUUGAGAUCGACGACGAAGUAAAGAUCGUGACGGUGCAGGGAGGAGCUGUAUGGGCUCACGCAUACAGACAGCUGGUCAACGGUCGUCAUGAUGGGUAUAUCAUCAACGGUGGCCGAUGUCCCAGUGUGGGAGUCAGUGGCUUUAUUCUAGGUGGUGGUCUCAGCCCAUUCACCCGAAGCUAUGGAAUGGGAUGCGACACGCUGAAGGAGGUGACCAUUGUCACUGCAGAUGGUGAGCUGGUGACGGUCAAAAACACUGAUGAUCCAAAGUCCAAGGAGGGGCGGCUCUUUUGGGCCCUCUGCGGUGCCGGUGGAGGCAAUUUCGGUGUUGUGGUCGAGCUGAAGUUGGCCAUCCAAGAGCUGCGGAACAAUGGAAAAUUGGUGGUUGCUGGGAGAUACACAUGGGCCCCCAAGAAAGAUGAUAUGGAUGAAUUCAUCAAGGCCAUGAAUGACUUCUAUGCAGUUCAAUGGCCAAACAACAUGACCAUUGACAGCAGCUGGCUAUGUGACCUCUCCAAGACCGGGACAGAGCUUGAAGUUCGAUUUCCUUUCUAUUUUGAUGGCAGCAAGGACGACUUUGACAAAGAAAUCAACAAGUCCAUUAACCACCCAGAGCUGAAAAAGCAGCUCAAACGGCGAUCGGUCGAGGAAAAGUCCACUCGCUUUCUCCAUGAGACUUUGGUGGCCCAGUGGUCUGAGGAAACCCAAAAGGCACUUCCUUCUCAAGCCUCAUACCGAAUUUACACCUCGUUUAUUUUCAAAACCAACUCAGACUUCCCCAAGAUAAUCGAGAUCAUCAGAAACGAAAUGGCUUCGUUCAAGAAGGAGUUUGUGGGCGAACAAGGUUUACUCCAAGUGACAUUCAUCCAUGCCGGAGGUAAAGCAAGCGAGAAGAAACGCUCCGCUACUGCCUUUCGCUGGCGUGAUGCUCUUUACCACGCAUAUAUCAUGCUGGAAUGGAAUGACAAGUGGCUGGAGCGUGAUAUGAGAGGAUUCUGCCAGAAGAUGAAAGAGAAACUGAAGCCAUUCUCUAUGAUGAAGCGAGCGGCAUUCAUCAAUUUCCCUGACGGGACACUGACGCAAAGUAUGCAUGAAAGGGUAUACUACGGUAAUAAUCGCCAGGAGCUGCAGCGUUUGAAGCAGAUCUGGGACAGCGAGAACUUUUUCAGCUGGGCCCAAGGUGUUCAGCUUCCACCAGGAGUCACUCCAAGAGCAGCACAACCUGAUGCCGUUGCAAUGGCAAUCAGGAGCAUUGCUGCUCCAGAGGAAGAUGAGGCAAUAUCCGGUGAAGAAACUGCAGUUGAUGAGCAGGCUUUGACGGAUACGAUUGCAAAGGAUCAAUGGGAGAACUAUAACCCUCCCCUGGCGAAUGACAUCUUCGGGACACAAGGACUUCCUUUCACGGGAUUUUAG